AUUUCUAUUAUUAUUUUAAAAAUUGAAGCCAAUUUUUUGAAAAUUGUUUUAAUUGGUGAUUGUAACCAUUGUUGAUUAUUUACGUUUUGCUCGUACUAUAGCAGUCAUAUCGUUGCAUUCAUUUAAAGAAAUGCUCGAUCACUACUGCUCAAUUUGCAAGUGGAAUACUAAUUCAUAUACAAAUACUUAUGAAAGUAACGUGGGCUUGACAAUGUUUGAAAUGUCAAAAGGAAUUAUAAAAAUCUUUUUAAAAUGUUUAAUAAUUCGACUUCAUGUCAUAUUUGAUAUUUUGGUAGAUUUCAUUUAUGGGCUGUUUUACAGAUAUAGUUUGCAAAAAGUUCCCCCAAUUAAAAACAGGUUAUUGAUAACGAGUGCAUCUGAAUUGGCUGAAGAAAUCAGAAAAAAGAAAAUAUCAUCUUUAGAAGUUGUAACAGCAUUUAUAGAAAGAGCAAAGGAAAUAAAUGAAAUUAUAAAUGCUGUAGUUGAAGAUAGAUAUUCAGAAGCUUUAGAAGAAGCUAAAGAAGUAGAUAAGUUUUUACAGGAAUUGAAAAAUGUUGAUACAUUGAAAGAAAAGAAACCAUUCUUAGGUGUUCCUUUUACAACAAAAGAAAGCAAUGAAGCAGAAGGUAUGCUUCAUACAAUGGGUUUGAUAAGUAGACGAAAUUUUCGCUCCCAAGAAGAUGCUACAGUAAUACGUUUUAUGAAAGAUGCUGGUGGCAUUUUGAUUGCAAAAACAAAUAUUCCUGAACUAAAUUUAUGGACUGAGUCAAGAAACAAUUUAUAUGGACAAACUUGUAAUCCAUAUAACACUACUAGAAAUGUGGGUGGAAGUAGUGGUGGAGAAGCAGCAGUUAUUGCUGCAUGUGGAGCUGCAUUUUCCAUUGCCAGUGAUAUUGGUGGUUCUAUUAGAAUGCCUGCCUUCUUUAAUGGAGUUUUUGGAUUCAAACCAACUGGAGAUUUAACACCAUUGAAAGGUGUUGGACUACGACAGAAGAACCGUCCUAAUUCAAUGGCAGAAGCAGGUCCAAUCUGUAAAAAAGCAGAAGAUUUAGUACCACUUUUAAAAGUUUUAGUUGGAGAAAAUUUACAUUUACUGGAUAUUGAUGCAGUGGUAGAUUUAAAAGAUCUUAAUAUUUUUUACCAAGAAAGUUCUGGUGAUAUAAGGGCAAGUAAAGUAAAUAGCGAAAUGAAAGCUGUUCUUUUAAAAGCUGUGCAAUAUUUUAAGGAAAUGACUGGAUCUGCAACAAAAAUAAAGAUACCUGGUUCUCAAUAUAGUUAUCGGUUAUGGAGAUUUUGGAUGACUCAAGAAGAUUUAGACUUCAAAUUAAGUAUAACAAAUGGGAAGUAUCGUGCAAAUGCUGUUACAGAAGUUUUUAAAUUCUUAACCAAAAAAUCUGAAUUAACGUUAGCUGCGAUUUUAAAAUUAAUCGAUGAAGAUUUAUUGCCUAAAGAAGAUGCUAAAUGGGCAAUGAAUGUAACUGAAAAUAUGAAACUGUUUUUGAAAGAUAAAUUGGAGGGUAAUGGGAUAUUGUUUUAUCCAUCUUCACCAUUCCCGGCUGGUUACCAUUAUACAGCUUACUUAAGACCUUUCAAUUUUGGUUAUUGGUGUAUUUUCAAUGUUCUGAAAUUCCCAGUUUGCCAAGUGCCUCUUGGUGUAGAUAAAAAUGGAUUACCCAUUGGAGUGCAGGUUGUAGCGGCUCCUUUUAAUGAUCGUCUAUGUCUGGCCGUAGCACGAGAAUUGGAGAGAGUUUUUGGUGGCUGGGUUCCACCAGCUUAAUCCAUUUUGAAAUUCACUUUAAUUUUAUUCAGUGAUAAUUUUUUUAACGAUUAAUGUUCAAGUCAAAAUUAAUAAUGUAGUAGUAAUAUAAUAUACAGGGUGUUGGGCUACUCCUGGGAGAAAAUUCAGAGGGUGAUUCUAGAAGCCAAAAUAAGAGGAAGAUCAAGAAUAAAGAAAAUGUAUUUGA